ACUGCAACAGUCGGGUCAGAUGAUCGGAGCUACAUUGUAAAUAGACAGCAGCGGUUCACAGUGGUCAUGCCUUCGUAGCCGCUUCAAAUCUCCUCCAGCAGAGCAGAUCUUUCCUCUCGGACGCUCUUUAACCUCCGGAUAUCAUUUCUCUGGCCGUUUCUCGGUGGUUUCGCGGUGUCAAAGUGUUGUUAGAGCAUGUACCGGUCUCUGUACGCCUUCCGAUCCGCGGAGCCCAACUCGCUGCACUUCGCGGCCGGAGAAAGCUUCUUAAUCCUGGAGAGGAGCAACAAACACUGGUGGCUGGGGUCCCGCUGCAGCUCGGGAGAAACCGGUUACAUCCCCGCCUCGUACAUCGAGAAAAUCCAGGCUCCGGAGCAGGACGAGGUGCUGCAGUCUAUUGACAGAGCAAUCGAGGGAAUCCACAAUGUGGCCUUAAAAAACGGAGGCAAAUACAAUCUUGAGCAGAGAGAUGUUCUGCAAAAGCUGAUCCAUCACAGGAAGGAAACUCUUGCUCGGCGGAGCUCCUCUUCCUCCGGUCACAAACAAGGCCUCCCGACUUCCAGCAGCGAAAUAUCUCUCAGUCAAACCCCUCCUCCGCCCAAUGGCCUUAACCGAGAGUACGGACGACAGGGAAGCGUGCCGUUAUCAGGGAGCAUGGACAGUAUGCAGGGAGAGCAGGGCUUUUACCAGGUGCCGCCUCAGCCUCGACGUGCUGCUCCCAUCACUCCACCUCCCCCCGAAAAACAGAAGAACAACCGGCGUCCAGCAGAGCCGGAGGUCCCCUCCAGAGUGUCCUCUCUCCCUCCGUCCCCUGCUCCCUCCCUCACGAUCAGCACCACCUCUUUGGAGUCGGGCUCCUCCCACUCUCAGGCCUCCUCCGAUGUCAGUCUGCCAAGUGUGUCCAGCACCCCACCUCCCCCGGUGCCAUCCCGUGUGAAACCCACUGCGCCUCCUGCAGAAGAGCUGCCCUCUGACUCUCCUCCUCAGCCAGCUCCUGCAAAGAAAAGCCCGGCACCACAGCCUCCCCAGCCCGCCCAGUCCACCGAGCCCACUGCUCCUUUACAGCUCGCUGUGGAGGAGCAGCCGGACACUGAAUGGCCUGUUGCCCCCCCAUCUGUUGCUGAAAGCCCCCCUGGCAGCCCGACUACCUCUGAGCCAGUUCCCAUGACUAUCGGAGCUGAGCUGAUCGAGCUGAUCCGGAAAAACACGGGCUUGAGCUACGAGCUGUCGCGGGUGGCUGUCGGUGUGGUGGUCGGCCAUCUGCAGGCCGCUUUACCUCAGGCCUCCUCUGAUCUGGAGCAAGUUCUCGUCUCGCUGGUGGAGAGCAAGGACUUGAGUGCAGCGCUGCCGCAGGGUCAGGUGUGCCACGAUGAACAGCGGCUGGAGGUGAUCUUCAGCGAUCUCGCCCGUCACCGAGACGAUUCCCAGCAGCGCAGCUGGGCUCUUCAUGAGGACCACGCCCUCAUCGCCUGCUACCUCGAGGAGCUGCUGAAGAUUCUGACUGACGCAGAUCCAGAGGUGUGUAAGAGGAUGUGCAAGGCCAACCACUAUGAGAAUGUUCUGUCUUUGGUUUCAUAUUAUCAGAUGGAGCAUCGUGUGUCUUUGCGGCUGCUGCUGCUCAAGGUAUUCGGUGCGAUGUGCAGCCUGGACGCUGCUCUCAUCUCCACCCUGCUCAACUCCAUCCUCCCCAUGGAGCUGGCCAGGGACCUUCAGACUGACACACAAGAACACCAGAAGAUGUGUUACACAGCUUUGGUGUUAACUAUGAUAUUCUCAAUGGGGGAGCAGGUGCCAUAUCAUCACUAUGAACACUUGAAUGCUGAGUUUGUUCAGUUUCUGCUGGGUGUGGUGGAGGAUGGACUUCCCUCUGAUCCCACAGAGCAGCUGCCUGACAUCUUCCUGAACCUCCUGCUGUCCUUCAACCUGCAUCAUAUGGCACCCAGCAACAACGUGAUUAUGCAGGAGCUUAAGGAGAAAAAUGUGAAGAUCCUGUCAGAGAAAGUGCUGCUGCUCCUGAACAGAGGAGAUGAUCCUGUGUGCAUGUUCAAACACACUCCACCUGCACCACACGCUGUGCUCAAGUUUCUGCAGGAUGUUUUCGCCAGCAGAGAGACGGCCGACAUCUUCUACCGUACUGACAUGAUGGUGAUGAUCGACAUCGCCGUUCGACAAAUCUCUGACCUUUCACCUGGAGAGAAGCUGCGGAUGGAGUAUCUCUCCCUCAUGCACUCCAUAAUGCGCUCGACGGACUACCUCGAGCACCAGCACCGCCUGUCUGACCUGCAGGGGGCGCUGCAGAGGAUUCUCAGGGAGGAAGAAGAUCCAGGAGAGGACGAGGGCAGCGCUACAGCGAAACAGAUGGAUAAGCUAAUCGUACAGCAGAUCUACAAGGAGUUCCCACAGAUCUGUGAGAACCAGGACUAACCAUAUCAGUAUCAUGCUCUCACACUGUAGUCUGCUCCCGUCUACUGCAGGGAGGCACGAUGAAGCUUGGAUAGGAAGAGCUGAUGUUUGAGGACAACUUGUAUUCUGUGCCAGCCAGUGCUGAGAAAAGCAAAACCAGCUCUGUCAGUGUUUUCUUGGACUUGUAGUCCAGAGCUGCAGCGUGCAUGUGAUGUUCGUUUCAGAGAGAUCUUACUGCUUUCAAAGCUGUUCUCUUCUUAAAAGUGUUUAAGUUGAACAAUGAGUGAGAUCAUAGAAAAUAUGACAAGCGCAGAAACAAGCCUGCAAAGUUUUGUCAUACUUGGAAAUUAAAAACAGCCAAAAUAUAGGCCAAACGUUGAAGCUGUUCUCAAAGUGAAUUCUUAGCAAUAAUGACCUUAAAAACCUUACAUGGACUAACUGCAUGUUCUCACAAGUACUUUGAAAUUAAAGUAUUAGCAGCCACAGCUAAAGCUUACCCUAACCAAACUAACUUGAAACCAAAUUUAUUUCAGAGAACAAAUUCAGGAAGACAAAUCUACUGUCACGAUAAAUGUAAUAGUGCCAUAAUUUGAAAGUUGAGAGAAUGAACCUUUACGGGCUUCCCUUUCAGUGGGACCAAACUACUGUGUGUUACUGAGAGCAUUUAUUUUCUUUACUGCACUCUGAAAACUGACUCCCUCUUUCAUUCAUCCUCUCAUUUAUCGUAAUUCAAAUUAACGUCAAGUAGAGCAACUUGAACUUUUACUCUUCUAGUGAGAAAAGCACAUUCUGACUCGUGUGUUAUCAUUACUAAGCUUCUGGCUCAGUAAGUUGCUGCUGCAUAUUGAGUCUUGCCUGCAUCUGCAGUUAUCUCAGCCUGGUACUUUCCGCUUUUCCAGCACCUUAAAAUAAUCGCUCUGUACCUGCACAUGCAAAGCUCCUUAAGCAUUAGAUGUCCUUGACUGUUUACAGAUUUCAAACUAACUAUGCUGCAAUAAGGCUUUAUAACAGCUCUGUCUUGGCUGAUGUGAGCUUCAUGGAGACGAAGAGUGUUCUGCAGUUAUUAUCUGACACGAUACAUUGUUGAUUUCCAGUUAUAAUCUUCAUGUUCCUGCUGAAAAGGAAAGGAGAGGAGACACAGGGCAUUCAUUUUAUCUCCUUGUGGUUUUAAUACUUUAACAGCAGAAAAUUACCUUCCUUGUUUUCUACCAGUAAUGUAGUAGUUGAUGUUGUUCUCCCGUCUUACACUUUACCUUGUCUGAUUUUGUCCCCGGCAUGGCUUCUCCGUCUGGAAGGUUGACACAAUCCAGAAGUGAUAUCAGAUUUUAGUUCAUGUUCAAGUGUUCAUUCUUUAAGUAACUGCGUGUUUGUUUACAGUGUGUAUGUGUGUGUGGGCAUGUAUGAGCGGCAAGCGUCUCCAUGAUUAACAUUGUCCGCAAAAGUGCUACGAGUGUGUUAUAAUACAACUAAUAAAGCUAUAUUUUAACAGUGAAA